AUGGCGGUUCGUCAUGGCGACGCAGCCGUCUCACUGCAGCGCGCGUGGUACCCCGAUCCGCAGAGCUUGCCCUUUGCGCGCCACAUCAAAACCCACGCCCUGGUAUCGCUCGUCCAGAAGGGACUGCAAUAUCAUGAGCUCGAAUCUUCUAUUGACAAGGUAUGUGUUUUUGCGCGCGCACGACUCGUGAUCAGCAUCACGUUGGCAUCCGCCUCCCUUUUGGAUCUGUCCAUCUUUCCUAAGGCCCCGGGGAUGACGGGUAACCCGAUCAACUUUACACCCUCGGAGUAUUUUUUCGGCCCGGACCCCUUUGAAGUGAAUGCCUUGAAAAAUCAAGUGGAGGCAGACGCCGAGGAAGCGCCGGUGUCAGAGCCGGCGCGCGACCGGGUGACGAAUGGACAUCCGGCGGAGGUUGUUCCUGGAAAGAAGAGCCGCAAGCGCGAGGCCAAUGGUGACGAGUCAAUGGAGGUCGAUGAGGCGGAGAGCAAAGGAGGCUCGCCGGCCCCAGAUGUGGAUGGCGACGGCGACGUGAGCAUGGGCACGGCCGACGACGUGCCCCCGGAACCCACCGCGACAACCGGCAACAGCACCGGCGUCCAGAUCCCCACCGCCAAGAGUGCCGAUCUGGCGCCCGACACCGCCCUCGUCAAGGCCGAUGGUCACGUGAUGAUCACCAGCUGGCGGCCUCGAGAUCCCACCACGCUUGUGGUGGCAGGUGAUAUCUUCUGCAGCCUGUGGAAGCUAUCACUGUCCUCCACGCCGGUACAGAAGACGUUCUUGGACCUCAAGGGUACCGGCGCGUAUGUAUCGUCGCUGGCGUGGGAUGGCGCCGGCACCAAGUUGGCCGUGGCGACCACCCGGGAUACCAAAGGCACGGUCACGAUGUAUAAUUCUGAUGGUAAUGUAGUGGACCUGCUGCCCGAUCUUCCUCGCGUGAUCAAUGGCCUCUAUUGGGCGAAGGAGAGCCCACAGCUGGUCAUUGUGGCCUCGGACGAGCAGACCACAGAACUCGCGCUAUGGGAUGAUAGCCGACGCCCGGAUGUGUACCCGCCACCCCAGGCGGUUGAGAACCCCAUCUACGAUCUCGCAUGGUGUGGACGUAAUCUGGUCUUCGCCUGUGGCGGUGGAUCAGUGUAUCAGUGCGAGGUGGACCAAAAUAUUCGCCUGACCAAAACCUAUGCCUCUCCCGAUCCCAAUGCCACAUGGACCUUCAUCCGCGCUACCAGUGUCAACAACAAUCCAGUUGCAGUAACAGCCAGCGACGUGAGCGCGACGAUCUGGAUUCCAACACACGACAUGACGAUUCAAGCCACCCAGCACGAAAUCAUCACAGCGAUUGACAUACGGGCUCCAUCACCCACACAGGCGAAGAACUCGAACUCCAUCACGAUUUGCGCAUACUCUGUGACCGGUACUGUGAAAGUGUGGCAUGUGGAUCUAGACUCUAAGCAACAUACGCGUAUCCAUACCUUGAACUGCGGAUCCGCCUCCUCUGCUCUCGUGGGUGGCUUUUCUCCUGACGGAUAUGCUCUCAGUGCCGUAAGUAAGGACCGGCUGUUCAUCUGGAAUGCUGAGAGGGGCGGGGAGCCGAUGGCGACUUGGUCUGCGCCUAAAUCCGAGCCGAUAAAAGCGGAACCCGACCAUCCGGCAAAUGGACAGAAUGGUCAUGUUGCACCAAAUCCCGAGCGGGCUCUUUCAUGGGAUCCGGAUGGGAAAAAGCUGGCCUUUGGCUUUGGGAACCAGGUACGUCGGCACGCAGAUGUAAUGUAUGAUCUUCCAUGCUAA